UAACUUGGCUGAUUUUAUUUGAAUAUAUUAUUUGAUUUGUCUAUUUAUAGGUUGACUCUGCAGCUAACUUCUCUGUCCCAUUGCUGCCAUUUCAUAGCUAACUCUUUGUUAUACUGAACUUGCUCUUCUUUGCUUCUUUCUCGUUUUAAUUUCAUGUCUUGCUCAUAACGAUAACUUGAAAGCCUUACGUUCAGAUAGAUAAUCAUUGACCAGUUCAUCCUAUAUCAUUCUAUUUAAUUUCGAAAUGCAGAAGGAAAAACGCCAGCAAUCCAAAGAUGAAGAAAACGAUUCAUCCUCGCGAAAGAGAAGAAAAGCUGACCUCAGUAAGCCUGUCAGUUUUGUCUCCACAGCUGCCAUGACAGAGCCAGAGUCUUCUCGAUCUAGACCAGAAGGGGCCUAUGAUGUCUUCUUGAGUUUUAGAGGAGAAGACACUCGCAAGACAUUUACAGAUCAUCUAUAUACUGCCUUAGUCCAAGCAGGAAUCCACACUUUUCGAGAUGAUGAUGAACUUCCAAGAGGAGAAGAAAUCUCGGAUCAUCUCCUCAGGGCAAUUCAAGAAUCAAAGAUGUCCAUAGUUGUCUUCUCAAAAGGAUAUGCUUCUUCUAGAUGGUGUCUCAAAGAACUAGUAGAGAUUCUUAAGUGCAAAAAUGGAAAAACCGGUCAGAUUGCUCUUCCUAUAUUCUAUGACAUUGAUCCUUCAGAUGUGAGAAAACAGACUGGCAGUUUUGCAGAAGCAUUUGUUAAACAUGAAGAGCGUUUUGAAGAGAAGUACUUGGUGAAGGAGUGGAGAAAAGCUCUUGAGGAGGCUGGAAAUCUAUCUGGAUGGAAUCUCAAUGAUAUGGCAAAUGGGCAUGAAGCAAAAUUUAUCAAAGAGAUUAUCAAGGAUGUGUUGAAUAAAUUAGAUCCCAAGUACUUGUAUGUUCCCGAGCACCUAGUAGGUAUGGAUCGGCUUGCUCACAAUAUUUUUGACUUUCUAAGUACUGCAACAGAUGAUGUACGCAUUGUGGGCGUACAUGGGAUGCCAGGAAUAGGAAAGACAACUAUAGCACAAGUUGUAUUUAAUCAACUCUGCCAUGGAUUCGAGGGAAGCUGUUUUCUUUCGGAUAUCAAUGAAAGGUCAAAACAAGUUAAUGGUCUUGUUCCUUUCCAAAAGCAACUUCUUCACGAUAUUUUAAAACAAGAUGUUGCAAACUUCGAUUGUGUUGAUAGAGGAAAGGUUCUGAUCAAAGAACGACUUCGUCGCAAAAGAGUUCUUGUUGUUGCUGAUGAUAUGGCUCAUCCGGACCAGCUAAAUGCAUUGAUGGGAGAUCGAAGCUGGUUUGGUCCCAGAAGUAGACUAAUUAUUACAACAAGAUAUUCAAGUUUACUUCGUGAAGCAGAUCAAACAUAUCAGAUCAAAGAAUUGGAACCAGAUGAGGCCCUUCAGCUUUUCAGCUGGCAUGCCUUUAAGGACACCAAGCCAGCAGAAGAUUAUAUUGAGCUUUCAAAGAAAGCAGUUGAUUACUGUGGAGGACUUCCUUUAGCUCUUGAGGUUAUAGGAGCUCUUCUGUACGGGAAAGAAAAACAUAGAUGGGAAAGUGAAAUUGACAACUUGAGCAGAAUUCCAGAAAGCAAUAUUCAAGGAAAGCUUCUAAUAAGUUUUGACGCACUGGAUGGUGAACUACGAAAUGCAUUCCUUGAUAUUGCAUGCUUCUUUAUUGAUGUGGAGAAAGAAUACGUAGCAAAACUGCUAGGAGCCCGUUGCCGUUACAAUCCAGAAGUUGUUUUGGAAACUCUCCGUGAAAGGUCUUUGGUUAAAGUAUUUGGAGACAUGGUAACCAUGCAUGAUCUAUUACGAGACAUGGGAAGGGAGGUCGUUUGUAAAGCGUCUCCAAAAGAACCUGGAAAGAGGACAAGAAUUUGGAAUCAGAAGGAUGCAUGGAAUGUACUUGAGCAGCAGAAGGGUACGGAUGUUGUAGAGGGUCUUGCACUGGAUGUCAGAGCAUCAGAAGCUAAAUCACUUAGCACAGGAUCAUUUGCAAAAAUGAAACGCUUAAAUUUACUCCAAAUCAACGGAGCACAUCUCACCGGAUCCUUCAAACUGCUUUCUAAAGAGUUGAUGUGGAUUUGUUGGCUUCAAUGUCCUUCGAAAUAUUUUCCAUCUGAUUUUACCUUGGACAAUCUAGUUGUUCUUGAUAUGCAGUACAGUAACCUCAAAGAAUUAUGGAAGGGAAAAAAGAUUCUCAAUAGGCUAAAAAUCAUUAAUCUCAGUCAUUCUCAGCAUCUUAUUAAAACACCAAACUUGCACAGUUCAAGUCUAGAGAAACUAAUUCUGAAAGGUUGCUCUAGUUUAGUUGAUGUCCAUCAAUCUAUUGGAAACUUGACGAGCCUUGUUUUCUUGAAUCUGGAGGGAUGUUGGAGUCUGAAGAUUCUCCCUAAAAGCAUUGGCAAUGUAAAGUCUCUUGAAACUCUGAAUAUUUCUGGGUGUUCACAACUUGAGAAAUUGCCGGAACACAUGGGUGAUAUGGAAUCCUUAACUAAGCUGCUAGCCGAUGGGAUUGAAAAUGAGCAAUUUCUCUCUUCAAUUGGACAAUUAAAGUAUGUCAGAAGGUUAUCAUUGCGUGGAUACAAUUCGGCUCCAUCAAGUUCUUUGAUUUCAGCAGGUGUUUUGAAUUGGAAACGUUGGCUACCAACAUCUUUCGAAUGGAGAUCAGUGAAAAGUCUUAAGCUUUCUAAUGGUAGUUUGUCUGACCGCGCAACUAACUGUGUUGAUUUUAGGGGUUUGUUCGCUCUAGAAGAAUUGGAUCUAUCAGGAAACAAAUUCUCUAGCCUGCCUUCUGGGAUCGGCUUCCUUCCCAAGCUAGGGUUCUUGUCUGUUCGGGCAUGCAAAUAUCUUGUAUCAAUCCCAGAUCUUCCCUCAAGUUUACGCUGUUUGGGUGCAUCCUCUUGCAAAUCAUUGGAAAGAGUAAGAAUACCAAUCGAGUCAAAAAAGGAAUUAUAUAUCUUUCAUAUAUAUCUAGAUGAAAGUCAUUCGUUAGAAGAGAUUCAGGGUAUCGAAGGUCUAAGUAAUAUUUUCUGGUAUAUUGGUGUUGAUAGCCGCGAGCAUUCACGAAAUAAAUUACAGAAGAGCGUUGUUGAGGCAAUGUGCAACGGUGGUCACCGGUAUUGUAUUAGCUGCCUUCCUGGUGAGAUGCCAAAUUGGUUGAGCUACAGUGAAGAAGGAUGCUCAUUGUCAUUCCAUAUACCUCCAGUCUUCCGAGGCUUAGUUGUUUGGUUUGUCUGUCCACUUGAGAAGGAAGAUUAUUAUUGCUUCAACACUGACAUUAUUAUUAUUAUUAUAAGAAAUAAAAGCAACGGUAUUCAAUUGUUUGAAGAUAAACGAACACCAGCACCUUGGGGAUGGAUAAGAUACAUAAGUAGAAGUGAAAUGGCAAUGGAAGAUUACUGUGGAGAUGACGAAUUGGAACUAUUCUCUGCUUAUUCAAAUGGCAGAUUCGAACACAUUAAGGAAUGUGGGGUCCAUGUGAUCGCAGAGAAGUCAGAAGUUGGAAGAGAUACAGUGAUGUCAUAUCAUUUGCUUCCUCAUCCCCAUUGUGGUUCAAUUACAGCGUCUACACCUAAGCAAUGGAGUGACUACUUAUUUUCGAAGCUGCAUAAAUAUAACCUCAAUUUACUACUUGCUGGACCUAGAGGGAUGAGAUAGCACAAGAUCAUUUUACAGAGAGAUGCUUGAAGUUACUCCAAACCAGUACGGUAUUUUUGUCUGACGAGUUGGUAUGUAUUUGUUGGCUUGAAGAUCAUUUUCCAAACUUGGAAGUUCUAUUGAAUGCUCUUUGAAAUCUUUUCCAUCCGAUUUGAAAUUAGACAACCUAGUUGUUAUUAUCCAUGAUGUAAUUUAUAUUUUCAAGUUACAACUUUUGAUGAAUAUUGUUUCGACGUACUCUUCAAAAGAUGAAAAUCCUUGAUCUUAGAUAAAAAUAAAUUGGCUUCUAGGAAGAGAUUAUUAGUUGGGACAUA